UCUGCACAACCCAAUCCAGCAUUUGCAGGAGCUGCUGGUAUUCUUGGGCCUCCUCCCAGAGGGUUAAAACCAGGUGGUCCAUAUGGAGGUCCCAUGUACAUGGGGGAUUUACCACCCCGGGGUGGCAUGAUGCCUAAUUUCUCCCCUGGCAUGCGUGGGGGUAUGGAUGAACCCCCCAUGAGGAGAGGUUAUUCAGAUAUGGGAGACUUCACUAGCCCAGGUCGCUAUGGUAACAGCAUGCCUGGACCAGACAGGGGAAUGAUGGAAACAGACAACAUGCAACAUUUCCCUGACGAUGGACCCAUGCGCAUGGGCCCAGAUGGCUUUGGGCCUGGCCAGCGUAAUGAAGGCAGGGGCAGACCUUUCCCUAAUGACAUGUCCAUGAACAGCAGUGGUGACAGAUUGUUGGGACAUGGCCCUAAAGGCCCGGAGAACAAUAGCCUCCCUGCAACACUGCUCAAAUAUCUGGACUCUUUUCGUAUUGAAAACGAGGACGAUGCUCAGAUCGUCUUGAAGGUCACACAGAAGCUCACAGAUGUUCUGAUGGAGUAUCGCCUCAGAAGUAUUUCAGCGGUGCCCAGUGUGAAGCCCCUGCCCUCCAUGAACUUCUCAUCCUCAUGUCUUCCACACAACUCUAAGGACAGAUUCUCCAGCGGCAUGCCAGUGUCUAAUGGAUUGGGAUUCGAGUCUCAAGCAAGACCUUGGCCGCCACCUUCCUUCUGGGUUCCUGGGGCUUCUCUUCCACCAUAUCCAGCAAUGUCUCUGUCUAUGAGAUAAAACAUCCCA